UCGUGUACAAGUAAAGUCACCCUGUCAGUCAGUCAUCCUGCCGCUGUGUCUUCAGCUGAGUCUGUAGUAGCCGCUCUUGCAGCCCAGCUGGCAGGAUGAAAGCCCACUGGUGGACCUGUGUGCUGGGCUUACUCUGCAUGCCUGCUGAGGUCAUUCUCAACAUCCAGACAGUUCAACAAAAUCCAUUGUCCGUCUCAUAUAAGACAGUCAACUCAUCUGCUGAGAUCGUAUGCUCCACUUCACUGCCUGACCAGAUGGGCCUAUACCUGCACAGGAAUUUCCAUGGCCAAAGGGAUACUGUGUUCCUCUCCUUGAAAGAUGGACUAGUUACAAAGAAUACUACAGCUGCAGAAUUUGCAGGCCGAAUCCACAUAAAUCCAGACCAGCAGGUCAAAGAGGGCCAUAGGUUCACCUUCCAACUAUCUCUGCUGGAGGUGGAUGACACAGACUUGUAUUACUGUGAGUGGAGUAACUACCAGUCACAGAUGGCAACCCUGCUCACCAAUGCCACCAUUAUCAUUGUCAAAGAGAAGGAUCCCCAGGAACAAUGCGGGGACCACAUUUUUGGCCCCAUCUUGAUUUUCUUCAGUGUGAUGGUGUUCACUGUUGUACUGUUAUUCUUCAUUGUCAUGCUUUUGGGAUGCAAAAAAUUUAAAAAGAACUUCGUACCUGCCAGAACUGUAAGACCAACCAGAUCUAACAGACCUCACCAUCAGAGAGAUCAAUAUCACCCAUACUUAGUCACAUCUGUGGAUACAUUGCACUUCCAGGGCACUCCGUGAUGCUAAGAUGAGACAAUUCCUUGGAAAACUCUACAGUAAAUUUACCACACAAAGGGUUUGCAAUAUUUCUAGUCAGCAGCUCAACCCAUAUAAGGUGUCUUUCUUCUUGUUCUGCUGAUCAUUUCCUUUAAAACACAAAUCUGGGUUUUGUUUGCAGAAAAGUGAUCAUGCUACCACAUCCUGGUGUGUGGGGUGUACAGGUGUGUUGCGUGUGAACGGCCUUGCUGAAGAAAAAUGUUUUGUUAAUUCUAUGUGAUGCAACAUGUUUGCUUGACCUUUUGAGUUUUGCUGUGUGUUUGUAGCAUGCUUUUCUGUGUCUCACUGAAUAUAUUUUGAGCUUUUAAACUAAUGUGUACCAGAGUUUUCUGCCUAACUUGAUAUGUACAUUAAAUCUUAAGUCU